UAUAUUUAUAAGCCGGAAGGUUUUCCAUUGCCAUCAACCCGCGGUCACACCAUUCGGUUCAACGACAAAGUAGGAAAUAUUUUCCACUCCUGAUAUCAAAUAUUUUUGCACUUUUAUAAGCGUCGUCAGACAAUUUUGUAACCGCGUCUUCGCCGUUUUUACAGCCAAUAAAACCAUCGACCUUGCCCAGUGCGUGUGCCUUCGUCACCAGUGGAAAAACAUUACGUAGGGGCGCAGGACGGAAGAAAGCAGGAAAAGAAAAUAUCUAAAAAUAUUUUUAAUCGCCGUGAAAGUAAUCAGCGGGUUUUAGUCGCAAAAUAUUAUUUCAUUUGCGGUGCGAGGACACAGUUAUCUGCGAAAAUGGUCUUGAAAGUCUACGUCAGCGGCAUGUCCGGCAAUAAGGAGGUGAAGAAGCGCCAGCAGCGCGUUCUGAUGAUCCUGGACAGCAAGAACAUCAAGUACGACACGGUAGACAUCACGGAGCCCGGCAAGGAAUCCGAAAAGGAGCUGAUGCAGAACAAAUCGACGAGCAGCGGCGGCACGGUCAGCGAUCCAGAGCCCCGCCAUCCGCUUCCUCCGCAGCUCUUCAACGACGAAGAGUACUGCGGCGACUACGACGCCUUCGACAUGGCCAACGAGAUCGACACCCUGGAGGUGUUCCUCAAACUGGCCCCAGCCGACACCACGGCGGUUAGUACCGCCCAAAUCGAACUGAAGCAGGAGAACGGCGAUGCCAAGAAGGAGGAGGCUGAAGCGGAGGCGGUAACGGAUGCGGAUGCGGAGGCAAAGAAACCGGAGGCCGGUGAUGGCGGUGCCAAGGAGGAGGAGGAGGUGGCUGCGGAGAAGGCCGAGAAUGAAGACGAUGCCGGCGCGGACAAGGAGAAUUCGAAGGGCGAGGAUGAGGACGCUGAAGAUAGUACCGAGCAAAAGACUGAAACCGAAGAAUCCGGGGAUAAGAAAAAGGAGGAGGAGACCGCAGAAGCUGAAGGUGAGAGCCAAGAAAAAUCCGCGGAAGUGGAUACCAAGGAAAAGUCAGAGGUUGAGAGUACCGACGAUGAUGAGGUUGUUAAAUCCGAGGAUGCUGAAGAUGAUGGGGAUGAAAAGUCCGAGGAUGUUAAAGACGAUAAGGAUGUUAAGGAUGAUGAUGAAAAAUCCGAGGAUGUUAAAGAUAAAUUAGAGGAAAAUGAGAGCACAGGAACAUCGGCGGAUGUUGACACUGCUGAAAAAUCAGAGGUUGAGCCCACCAAAGAUGAUGGGGAUACAAAAUCAGAGAAAAAUGAGACCGAAGUGAAGUCCGAGGAUAUUGAUGCCACUGAAAAACCAGAGGCAGGAAGUAUCAAGGACGAGGACGAUGAAAAAACUGAGGAAAAUGAGAGCACCAAAGUCAAUGAGGAUGAUGAAUCCUCCGAGGAAUCCUCCGAUGUUCAAGACAAAUCUGAGGAAAGUGUAACAGAAAAGUCCAAGGAGGAGGAUAGUGCUCCAAAGUCAGAGGUUGAGAGUAUCGAAGAUGAAAACGUAGAACCAUCGGUGGAUGUGGAAGAUAAAGUGGAGGAGAAUGAGAAGACCAAAGAGUCUGAAGAAGUUGACAGUCCUGAAGUAUCCGAGGUUGCAAGUACCAAAGAUGAGGACGUAGAAAAACCAGAUACAAAUCAGACCCAAGAAAAACCCGAGGAAGUUGUUAUGGCGGAAAAAUCUGUAGAGGAAACCGAAGAGGAGGCAAAAGAAGCAGCCGAGGAGGAAAAACCCGCAGAAACGAAGGCAGAAGACACGCCCCAAAAUGGAGAAAGCGAAGCGGCUGGGGAGAAUUCUUCCGAAGAAAGCGAAGAAGACGAAUAGGCAAAAGCUACCAGAAUCGAUUAAACGACAACAGAACCCACUGACAUCCGCAUCACAAACACCAAUGCACAAACACACACACGCACUCGCACAUAAAAACGCACAUUUAGCCAAAUAAUUAAAGAAACUGUUUUGUAAAUAGAAACAAGAACCCACUAAUCACGAGUCUGGUGGCGGGUAAUGAACCCCAGCUUAGGCCUUUUUGUGACUUUUAUUUACAAUUUUUUAC